GUUCCUACGACUUGCUGAAUAGGCCGUCAAAAUGCACGGGCGUCCGCGCGAGUAUAAAAACAAGCUUAAAUCUGACCCCAAGUUGCAAGAGUCAUAUAAGAAAAAGGUUGAUGCGAUCCGCAAUGGCACUGCGCUUGUGCUGGAGUACCGCAAGCAGCGGAAAUAUGACCCUGCAGUUCUGGAUGCGUCAGCUAAGCUGCUAAAGGUGGUCCCAGAGAUCUACACGUUGUGGAACUUCCGGCGCGAGGCGCUGCUGCCGGUGUUCCAAGCGGGGGGGCAGGAGGCGCAGCGGGCCAGCGAGGGGGAGCUGGCGCUCACGCAGGCCUGCCUAACUGAGAACCCCAAGUCCUACUCCACCUGGCACCACCGCAAGUGGGUGGUGGCGCGCGGCCUGGCGCCCCUGGAGCGCGAGCUGGGCCUGGUGGCCAGGGCGCUGGAUGAGGACCAGCGCAACUUCCACGCCUGGAACUACCGGCAGUUCAUUUGCGGCAGGAUGGGGCGCAGCGCGCAGGAGGAGCUGGGUUACGUGGAGGAGAAGAUCGUUCAGAACUUCAGCAACUACAGCGCCUGGCACUUCCGUACCAUCCUGCUGCACCAGCUGUACUGUGGAGGAGGGGGAGGAGCAGCAGGGAUUGGAGGGGGAGCAGCAGCAGCAGGGUCCGCACACCCUUCAACAACAACAGCAACACCAGCUGCAACAGCGGCUUCCACCACAGCCGCAGGAGCUGCUGGAGUGACCCGUGGGUCGGCCAGCCAGCGCACCCCCAUCCCGCAUGAGGUGCUGGACCAGGAGUACGACAUGGUGCACCAGGCCUUCGCCACUGACGCUCGCGACGAGUCCCCCUGGAUGUACUACCGCUGGCUGGUGGGCAACACACUGGCGCACCUGGGGGGGCAACAGGCGGCGGAGGCAACCAACUCCUGCGCAACUGAAACCACCACAACCGCAACCACCUCCUCUUCAGGUGGACAAAACCAGCCCACCGCCGCCCCCGAAGCCGCAGCCGAGGACAGCCGCAGCAGUGCAUCAGCAGCAGCAGCACACAAGGCCCCGACGAACGCUGCUGGCACCGAUGCUGCUGAUGCUGCUGCCGCCGACUCGUCGGCGUCACAACGACCCACGGGUCACGAGGCUUCCGAGGCUGCUGCUGCUGCUGCCGCUGCCGAGGCCAACCGCGCCAUCGUGGCUGCCGUGUUGGAUCGUGAGGCUCGGCGGCUGCAGGAGGAGCACCUGGCGGCGGAGCCGGAUGCGAGGUGGCCGCUGCUAACACUGGCACGACUGAGGGAGGCACAGGCGCGGUUGGGUCUAGCGGCCUCCCCCGAGGCGGCCGCCCAGCUGGCGGAGGAGGCUCGGCAGCUGUACGGCAGACUGGCGGUGUUGGAUCCGCUGCGGGGGGGU